UCUUGUACGCCAAAUCCUAUCCCCCCAAAAAAAAAACAAAGAAACAUCAUUACGAGAUCUAGAAGUGCCCCUUCUAGCCUCUCGCUUGCAAGCCGCAAUUUUUUUUAUUGCUAGCACGAACUUCUCAUGCCGAGGGACCCGCCCCCCACCCGAUCUCGACACACCUCCUUAGAUUUUCUCUCCCCUCUCCCCGAUGGAUGCCACAUCCGCGCAUCUACUUGUCUGUCUGCGUACGAUGUAAUGCCAUUCUUAUCUGUUUUUGGGCCUUUUUCUCUUUUUCCUGUUUGAUAAGAAACUCAAACGUACACACAAAUGACACAGCUGCGGCUGUACUGUUUACACGUACAGUAUCCCCAUUCAUAGAACGCCUUUGUAUAAAUACGACGAUUUUAUUAGCUCUUGGCCAAUUGAUUCGUCUUCUUGUUGGUCUUCACUUCUUCGUGGGGGCAGAGCAGAACGAGAAGAUGAAAAUAAAAAACGUUUUGCGUUAUGGGUCUGUUGUUUGUUUGAUUUUCUCCUUUGUGGCGUCGCAAGAUAUCGUACUUGGACGCGUACUCUCCAUCUCCAAGAAGCCGGACCCUGAUAAUGCUGCGGUCACUGCUCGAUGGCUGGUCUCUCAGAACUCCUGGGGUGUCUUGAACACCAUCUCAAUGGAAUUGGGAGGCUCACCCUUUGGGAAUGUAGUUUCAUUUAGUGAUGGGUUACCAGACAAAGGUUUUGGUAUUCCAUACUUUUAUUUGACAACUCUCGAUCCAACUGCUAGAAAUGCAUUGAAAGAUCAAAGGUCUUCAUUGACAAUUAGUGAAUACCCUAUUGGAACUUGUGGCAAGAUAGACCCUGAGAACCCUACUUGUGCAAAACUUACACUUACUGGAAAGCUGAAGCUGGUUGAUGGAAACUCUAAGGAAGCAGAAUUUGCGCAAACUGCAUUGUUUUCAAAGCAUCCUGAGAUGAAGGACUGGCCCAAGGAUCAUGACUUCAAGAUCUUCAAAUUAGAAAUUGAGGAUAUAUUUUUGAUUGAUUGGUUCGGUGGUCCUAAACCUCUUACUCCGGAUCAGUACCUGCAUCCCAAAAUGUACAAAACCACUUUCAUUUUGUGAAGGACUCGGUCUUUAUUGCUUUCAUGUGUUGAUGUGUAUGAUGUGGAAUGUAAACUUGUCAAUUGUAAACAUGAUUCCUUUGUAAAUAAAAUGAUAAGCUGUGUUUGAUAUGUACUGUAAAAUAAUGAAGUUCCCGCUUACUAUUUCAUAAA